AUGUCUCUUAGUUAAUUGUAUGGGAAAUAGACAAUCAAUUAUGCAAGUACACUAUAAAAUUAAUCAUUUUAAGAGAGCUCAGACAGAUGAGAUCUCCAAAUGAUCAACAGUCAUUUGGAUUACGUUAAGAAUAUAAUGAUUUAACAUAAUUACAUCGAUAGACAGCUGAAACUAAGAAGCAUUAAAGAGCAAAGUCUACUUUGUAGAAUAAUUAUAGAUAAGGAACUCCUAUAACAGAUUUAGAAGAGAUAGAAGGGGAGAAAUUAUUUGAUUAGUUUUUCAAGCUUAAUAACUCAAAAAGUGAUAGUGAUUUUAUGAGAGAUUCUAUGUAGAGAGAUCAAAAACAUCAUGAAUCAGAUUUUUUAAGGUUUGUAUAGAAUGCAAUAGAAUAUCAUAAGCAAUCUGAAUUACACUUUAGACCUACUAUGAAAAAGAAUUCACAUUUAGAACAAAAAGCAAAAGAACUUGCAAUUUCAAAUAGAUUAUUGGCAAGCGAAAUAAAUCGCUACAAAUAGAAAGAAUCUGAGUUAAAAAAUAAGAUAAAAAUUAUAUCAAAAGAAUAUUAAUUAGAGUUGGCUUAAUUGGUAUAAAAGAAUGAAUGGUUGGAAGAGUUGUUAGUUAAGUAAAAAAUAGACAAUGAAAAUUCGUUACUAGCUGUUAAGAAAUCCUUAGAGAUCAUGCAAGGAAGAUGUAAAUGUUAAAAAGGAAUGGUGGAUAAGAUACUCAAAGAAGUUAAAUAGUAAUCUAGACCAUAAUAUGAUCUUUAAGCAACUCAUUCAUCUUCUGAAUUGAGUAGUAAUACUGAAGAAGAGGACUUCAAUUAUGAUUAUAUGAGAAGAAGAAAAUCUUUAUCUAAGGUAUUAAAUAAAAUAAAUACAGACAUCAGAAGAGCAUUAAUUCUUACAUUCCAGGAGUAAAAACUCCAGGGAGUUUACUAGAGAUCUCUUUAUUCGAAAGAAACCUAUACAAGACCCUUAUUAUACCUGA